AUGGAGGGCUUGAGGGUGUGGAGGCUAACCUCAUCAAUUGCAAGGCCGUUGAGUUUAAGGCAACCACUUGGGUUGGGUUAUCCUUCCUCUGAUCUAGUCCUUUUCUCCUGGAAUGGCGGCGUUGCCACCGCCACCAACACUCGCAAUAGUCGGUCUUUUACAUUCACUUCCACCUCCACUUCGAAUCUUGAAGUCGUUUGUGCCAUCCGCCUCAAAAAGGUGGAACCAUUGUGGAGCAAAGGGUCGCAACCUUAUGCUUAUAAGUGGGAUAGAAGUUAUAGAUUGGGCUCUUCUUCCUCUGAUAUAGUCCCUUGCUGCUCAGAUGGCGGCGCAGCCGCUACCAACACCAAGCUGCACUCUCGCAAUCGUGGGUCUUCGACUUCCACUUCUACUUCCACUUCGGACCGUGAAGCCGUACGCGCCAUCCGUUUGAAAAAGGUGGAACAAUUGCGGAGCAAAGGGUUGGAGCCGUAUGCGUAUAAGUGGGAUAGAAGUCAUAGUGCUAGGGAGUUGCAAGAAAUAUAUAAGAAUCUAAACAACGGUGAAGAGUUAGAUAGUGAGAGUCAUCAUGUCUCUGUUGCAGGCAGAAUUGUUGCUCGCAGAGCCUUUGGAAAGCUUGCUUUUCUCACUUUAAGAGAUCACUCCGGCACCAUUCAGCUUUACUGUGAGAAGGAAAGGCUUUUGAAUGAUCAAUUUGAGCAGUUAAAGACCCUUGUUGAUAUUGGUGAUAUAUUAGGUGCAUCUGGCUCUAUCAAGCGGACUGAGAAAGGGGAGCUUUCUGUUAAGGUGGAUUCUUUUGCAAUUCUUACAAAAUCUCUGCUUCCGUUGCCUGACAAGUAUCAUGGUCUAACUGACAUUGAUAAGCGUUAUCGUCAAAGGUAUGUUGAUAUGAUUGCAAAUCCUGAAGUUGCUGAUUUAUUCCGGAAACGAGCAAAGAUUGUGACGGAGAUACGAAAGAUGGUGGAAUCUCAGGGUUUUGUUGAAGUUGAAACUCCAGUUCUGCAGGGAGCAGCUGGUGGGGCUGAAGCAAGACCAUUCAUGACAUACCAUAACUCCCUUGGAAGGAACCUUUAUCUACGAAUUGCAACUGAACUUCACUUGAAGAGAAUGCUGGUUGGAGGAUUUGAAAAAGUAUAUGAGAUUGGUCGUAUAUUCAGAAAUGAAGGCAUUUCAACUCGUCAUAACCCAGAAUUUACAACCAUAGAGAUGUAUGAGGCAUAUUCAGACUAUCAAUCCAUGAUGGACAUGGCUGAGGAAAUUGUUACCCGAUGUGCUCUUGCAGUUCACGGAGAGCUCACCAUUGAUUACCAGGGGGUUGAGAUACAUUUGGAGCGGCCAUGGAGGAGGGAAACCAUGCACAAUCUUGUUAAAGAAGCCACCGGGAUUGAUUUCACUGAAUUUGAAAAUGAUCUUAAAGUUGCUAAAGAUGUUGUUAUGAAGGCACUUGGAGUUGGGCUUGAUAGUAAGGACAAGUUUUCCAUUGAAGCCUGCCCUUCACUUGGCCACCUUCUUAAUGAGGUUUUUGAAAUUUUUGUUGAACCAAAGCUCCUGCAACCUACAUUUGUUUUGGACUAUCCCAUGGAAAUAUCUCCUCUUGCCAAACCACACCGGAGGCAUGCAGGUUUAACUGAGAGAUUUGAACUCUUCAUAUGUGGUCGUGAACUGGCCAAUGCAUUCUCUGAGUUAACUGAUCCUUUGGACCAGAGAGCCCGCCUGGAAGAGCAAGUAAGGCAACAUAACAAGAAGAGAGCAGAAGCUGUUUCAGUCACAGAUAGUAUGGAAGAAAAAGAUCAUAAAAAUGAAGACUCUAUGUAUGAAGUGACUCUUGAUGAUGAUUUUCUUACUGCUUUGGAAUAUGGAAUGCCCCCAGCUUCAGGAAUGGGACUUGGGAUUGACAGGCUUGUGAUGCUUUUGACAAAUUCCGCCAGCAUCCGAGAUGUCAUUGCUUUUCCUGUUUUAAAGAUUCAGUCGUAAAUGGCAGGAUGGGUCUGCAAGAUAAUUUUUUUUUUCUUUUUCUUGGCAUUACUUGAACAUGAAUGCAGGUCUUGUUGACUUGGACUUUGCUUGGCCGGCACCCAUUGCUUUCAUUUUUCAAUUUCUCUCCUUUUUUUUUUUUUUUGAAAAGCAGUAUAGUGCUUCAUAAUUAGGAAUAUUUAUGCUGUAUUUAGACAUCCUUGAUUUUGCAUGAAACUAUUUCAUUCAAAUGAUCCUCUUCUAUUGAACUUUGAUAUUUUUUCUCA